AUGAAAAUGUUCAACGACUUACCGGCAGAGGUGCGCAACACGAUCUAUGGACAGCUCCUUGACAGCUACCAUCUUCAGCAAACACCUGCUGUGUCAGCACUCUUUGGUGCCUCGAAGCAAAUUGGUCAAGAGUCGGCAUCAUAUUUUCACCAGCACAACGCGUUCGCCAUCACCGCCGCAUCACCCCGAAAUGACAGCGCUACCAUCCUUCCUCCUAUUGCUGAUAAGUGGAUACGGUACCUCCGUCGUCUUUCCGUAUAUGCUACAAUUUCAGGAGCGAACUCAGAAAGGGAACGAAACAUAGCUAGCACCAUCGCUUCCCUCGCUAUCACAGGUGCGAAGUUUGAGGAUCUUUACAUCCGCAUUGAUUCGUCACUGUCAAAGCUGGCCAAUUCGUGUGUAGAUGACUCCAUCUUAUACGCGCAACACCCAAUCAUGCUAGCCUUACAAAGAUUGCUCGACGCCAACGUUGCAGAUGUCAUCCGCCUCGAGCUUCACGGUGUCUGGUUUGCCCCCGGUAUCGGCCAAGUCCUCCAUGCUCAAUACGGCAACCAACUCCAAUUUGUCGCUGGGGAGAAGCCUGUCAUGGAUCUAUCUGUCUUGGAAAGGUUCCUCACUGGCUCUCUUGCAAGCUCUCAUCUGGUCAAGUUAGGGGUUAAUGACGAGGUCAUUGCCAAGCCAUACUCCUGCGGCGAUGACUCUACCCCUAGUACGCCGAGUUCUCUUCCAACUUCUGUCUGUUCGGCAUUCCAAGAUUUAGACAUGUUUUCCGUCACGUCGUUCGAUCUCGGCUCAGACACCACUGCCGAUAACGAAGAAUCAAAAGAAGACGCAAACGAGAGCUCGUUCUUCGCUGGUAUUGACAUUGAAGAGUGGGAGGCUUCGACGCAGGCAGCCGAUGAGGAAUUACAGGCUCAACCUGAUAUGGAACUCGAUGAAGAUGACGAUGACGAGAUGGAAGAGGUAUCGCAAGACGAGAUGGAUGCAAUCAUAGGGAACAUGGAAGAUAUGGCUCAGCACAUGGCGAAUGCCAUUGAUAUGUCAUACAUGACUAACUUUGCGCCUGACUUGCUCUUACGUCAACACAAUCUUAGUCAUCUAAUGUAA